CAUUUCUAAUUAGUCAUUCCAUGCAUUUCUAAUCGUCCAUUUGCAAUGACGUCGCGAGUCAGCCUUCGGGAUGCGAUGAGGCGCUCGGCUGGGGCUGCCCCCGAAGAGAAGAGCUCCGCUAUGGCGCACACAUUGCGGCUAGCGCGCCAGUCCGGGAACCUGAAUCUGUCGUCACGUGACUUCCGCGUGUUCCCUAAGGAAGUUUUCCGCCUUUACGACGAGCUGGAUGAAGACGAGCAUAGCUGGGAAUGUGCAGUGCUCAAGAAGCUAGACCUAAGCUACAACGAAAUCACAGAGCUUCCGAGUGAAGUGGAGAAGCUCAAGCACCUCGUGAGCUUCAAGAUGCGCCACAAUCGUCUACGUCAACUACCUUUGGCUAUAUGGAGUCUGGAGACUCUCACAAGCCUUGAUCUCAGCAACAAUGAGUUGGAAGGCUGUCUUCCAGAGCAAUUGGGUAAACUGGACCAAUUACGUGACUUGGGACUGGAAGGCAAUAAAUUGACGAAGCUGCCGGAAGCUAUUGGUGGACUAGUGCACUUGGAGGUGCUACGGGUGGAGAACAAUCAAGUGAGAGCCUUUCCGACGACGAUCGGGAGACUGAGGAACUUGAAAACAUUAUCCGCACACUCGAACCAAAUUGUGGAGUUGCCAGCAUCCUUUAGCUCACUUACAGGUCUACUGACGCUGGAUCUGAAGAAGAAUUGUUUGGUUACUACGGGCGACGCUUUUCUCGACUUGGCGUCCAUCAAGUACAUUGAUCUGCGUCAGAACAAGCUUGAACUAUUCCCAACGCUGCCGGAGAAUAACGCGUGCUUGGAUCAGCUUUUUCUUGGAUUUAAUUUGCUCCGUUAUAUCCCCGACGAUGUUAUAUUGACUGUCAAGGAGUCACUCACAGUGCUGGAUGUUCGAGACAACAAACUACAACGAUUGUCGGAUAGAAUUCCGCAGUUGUACCGGUUGAAGACGCUCGAUGUGACGAACAAUGACCUGCAUGAUUUACCCCCGGGAUUCGGGUACUUAAAGUACCUGACUCACUUGCUGGUUGAGGGCAACCCGUUGCGUUCUAUUCGACGAUCAAUUAUUUCAGCUGGUACGGAGCCAUUGAAGAAAUACUUGCGCACACGUGGUGGUCCACCUGUAGGAGUUGAUGCCAUGGAGGAAGAAGUGGACGAGUUUACCAUCCGACAGAGGGAAAUGGAGAAGGACGAACCUAUGGCCGAAGAACCGCCACUAGAAGACGAGUAUCUCUUCCGUAACGCUGCUGCUUCGGGCAACUUGCAGCUCAUUGAUAUGAAACUUCACCAGUUACCAGACCAACUCCACGCAGCAGGGAAAUAUCGAUUUGGAGAAACUUUACUUCAGCUCAACUUGUCGAAGAACUGGCUGGUCGAGUUACCUGCGGUGAUUGGCGACCUGACGUCCUUGCAGACACUCACUGCAGAGCAGUGCGGCUUGAAGUCGAUUCAUGCUUCGAUCGCGAUGAUACCGCGUCUGGAACACUUACGGCUCAGUAAAAACUCGCUCACGACCGAUGCUGUCAAUGCAAUGCUAGUCUCAGGCAACCGUGCUAGCAUCUCCUUCUCUCUAAAAGAGCUGGAUCUCCGCAACAAUGUGUUGACGGACAUGCCCUAUAAUUUGCAGCAUUUGCAAACGUUGGACACCCUUUCACUCUCGUUCAACCGAAUCCGGUCGUUGGACGGAUUCCCGUGGUCCUUUAUGUCCCAGCUUUCUGUACUCAGCAUCGCAGACAAUCGGGUACGUGUGAAUUAUAGGUCUGGCUGUAUUCAGCGCGUUAACUAUUGUUGUGAUUUUGAAUUUGACUCAGCUGGAGUCAUGCGGAACUAUUUACCAAGUGCCGAAGCUGACGUCGCUGUCUUUAGAGAAUAAUGAGCUGCGUCAGAUUCCAGCAGAGUUUGCGCUUUGUGAGAACCUCCGCGCUUUUUACCUGGCUGGUAAUCCCCAGCGAGGUAUUCGAAUGCACAUCCUGAACAAUGGCACCGAGGCGGUGCUGAAAUAUCUCCACAAUAGACUCCCUCCCGAUGUGUUACCACCCACCAUUGGUAAGGAACUGCAAGCGGCCAAGGAUACGACUAGUGUGCGGCCAAACCAGAACAACGAAGGAACCCCGCACCAACGAAGUACUCCAAGCCCCCUAGAGUCGAAGCGUCCUCGUGUAGAUGCAUCAACGCCCCCAUUCAAGCCGCUGGAAGUGACUCCUGCCAACCAAAAAUCCGAGUCCUUUGCCAAGCAGCCACCACUUGCACCAACGCCAGCUGCAACCCCAACUCCCUUAGCACCAGCCGAGGAUCAAGUACUGGCUGAGCUGAACGCUAAAAUCCUGAAGCUCGAGCAACAAUUGGAUGACUUCGCUAUCUCCGCAGCGAAGCGUUUUGCCUUGAAAAAGGACUUGGCUAUGACGCGAUCCCAGAAGAUUCGCCACCUACGCAAGAUCGGACAAACACCCUAGCGCAUCAACCGCUUCAACAUCAUUUUUGUGCUGUAACUACGAGAAGCAUUUCCGCGCUACAUGUUUAAAGCAAACAAGUUAGUUUUGCCUAGACUAGA